AUGGCAGAAAGCGAUGUCGAGUUGUUACCUCUUGAAGGUGCCACUAGUGCUGUAUGGAGUCAUUUUGGAUUCCCAGCACGCAAUGGGAAGAUUCUUGAGUCAGACAGAAAGAAACGGCAGUUUGUGCACUGUAAGCUCUGCCCAAAGCGGAUAAAGUACAGUGGCAACACGACGAAUAUGCGUUCGCACCUCUGGGAUACACAUCGCCGAGAACACAGCGCACUCCUUCAGGAGGAGGAGGCUAAGCGAAAGUUGAUGCCACAGCGUGGAAGUAAGGAAGUGCUGGAGUCUGGGCAGUUGUCGAUCGCCGAGGGGUUUACGCGCGGCCAACCUCUAGAUCGGUCAAGUCCUCGGUGGGCACAGAUAACAAAAGCCGUGUGUCGUUUUGUCGCCAAAGACAUGCGACCGUACUCCACUGUCAACGAUCGUGGGUUUCGGCAUUUGCUGCAAGUGCUUGAACCACGCUACACCCCGCCUGACAGAAAGUUGCUUGCUACCAAGUACAUACCUGCACUGUACGAGCAGGAAAAGACACGGAUCCAGCAGAAGAUCGAGGGUGUAAAAGACUUCGGAUUGACAACAGAUAUUUGGACGUCCCGAGCAAAACAUGCAUACACAAGCCUCACUAUCCACUACAUAGACGAUACAUUCCAACUCCAGAGCCAUCUCCUAAGUACACGGGAAUUCCCAGAGUCCCGCAAUGCUGAGAACAUCAACGACGAAUUGCAGGAGAUCAUUGGCGACUGGGGAUUGACAGAGAGUGGGAUUGCUGGGAUCACAACCGACAAUGGAAGCAACAUCCUUGCUGCAGUGGACCUACUCCAGUGGCCUCAUGUAUCCUGCUCCAGUCACACACUGCAACUUGGAGUGGAGAAGGCCAUGAAGCUACCACAGGUUGCAAAAGCACUCGCAAGGCGUAGACGUUUGGUCAGUCACUUCAAUCAUUCAGCUAAAUCAAGCUACCUGCUCAAGAAGAAGCAAGAUGAUCUCCAUCAUGUGAAGCAUAGCCUCAUUCAGGAUGUCGUAACACGAUGGAACUCAGCUUACUACAUGGUGGAGCGUGUGCUUGAGCAACAGCAACCCCUUUGUGCCGCCCUCUUUGAGCUACGUAAGGAAGAUCUGAUGCCGUCUGACAGUGAAUUCAGUGUCAUGGAGUGCUACAAGGAUGUGAUGGAGCCACUAGUUGAUGUGACUAAGGCUAUUGGGGGUGAAAAGUGGGUGACCAUCUCGAUCAUUAGGCCACUUCUGCACAAGUUGCUUAACGUGCACCUCAAGCCAGCCACAGCAGAUUCACGCCUGGUGUGCAUGAUUAAAGAAUCAAUUUGUUCAGAUCUGCAGGAUCGUUAUGUUGGUAGUGCAUUGGACUUGUUGACGAAGGCAGCAUUCCUGGAUCCAAGAUUCAAGGCUCUUCCUUUCUUGAAGUCAGAGAAGAGACAACACAUAGUAUCACUUAUUGAGGAGGAUGUAGAAGAACUUAUCAACUCUGAGACCACCUCUACACAGUCUACUGAGGCAGAGGAAGCUGAACCAGCAGUCAAACGACCCCCAGAUUCUGAUGGUCAUGAAGACAUCUCUGCGAAAGAAAAGGCUCACAUUGAAGUCUCCAAGUAUAUUGGAGAAGAUGCAACAUCAGACAAUCCAUUGACCUGGUGGAGUCGCAACAGCACCAGAUUCCCCAAAGUCUCUCGUCUAGCAAAGAAAUACCUCUGCCUUCCAGCUACCUCUGUUCCCUCAGAGCGUGCUUUCAGUACAGCAGGCCAUAUUGCUAGUGCGAGACGCUCUUGUCUUCUCCCUGAGACUGUAAGCAUGCUUGUCUUCCUUUCAGCAAACCUUCAGUAAAACAUGUAUAAUUAUUUCUUCUCCACUGCUAUGUAAGUAUCUGCCC